AUGGCUUUGUAUGACAGAUCCAUUCUCUUUUUCUUCUUCUGUUUGACUUUUUGCUUCAAUUCCAUUCUCGCAUCAAACCCAGUAGGCGACUGGGAGGGUAUCGCCGCCAGCCUGCGCACCACCUUGGAUGCCAUCGAGCUGUCUCAGGCGAGCCAUGCACGUUCGAGGAGAGAUGCCAUCUUUCGAGCAGGACCGGCGGGCUAUUGGAGACCUUUAGCUCCCAGUCAGCGGCCGAAUCCCUCCGAAGACUUUUCGGAGCAGUUGGACGAGCUUGUUGGCGAGAUUGGAAGUGCGAUCGAGCAGCUGAUUGAGUUGCUUGCGUCGCAGUUCAACAUUGGAACGCUGUCCGCGCCUCUGCCCACGUCACCACAGACGACGAUAUUCCCCAUCACGAACGUCAACACUCCCCCGCCGGCCUCGACGACUCUAACCAGCUACGCAGCAACUCCCAGCACCACCAAUCCUACACCAUCCCCUUCAUCAUCUUCUUCGCCACCGGCAACAUCCACAUUCAACCCUCAAGCUCCCGACCUCAAUGUGGUCUACUACUCGCAAACGGACCUGACACCCAUCAUCUCGCUGACCCAGGUGUGCAACGACCCUGAUGUCGACGUCGUCAUCCUCGCCUUCGUCACGCAUCUGAUUUCCAACGGCGGAUAUCCGGCCAUGAACAUGGCUUCGAAUUGUUGGGCACCCAACGCGGCCCAACAAGCUGCUGGAGCCACGGGGCUCCUGGACUGCGUCGGUGAUGGCUUCGCGAGCAAGAUUGCCACGUGCCAGCGGCAGGGCAAGAAAGUCCUGCUCAGUCUCGGCGGGUCGGUGGGAGAUCUGACCAUGCCGAGCACGAAUGAGGCCGUCGAGGUCGCCAAUAUUCUCUGGAGUUUGUUCUUGGGGGGAACCAAUGCCAGCCUUACGCCUCUACGGCCCUAUGGAAAUGUCGUGCUGGAUGGUAUUGAUAUUGACAACGAGCUCCCCUCUGCCUCGACAUAUAUCCCAACAUUGGUAUCCACGCUCCGCCAACUCAUGGGCUCCGACUCGUCCAAGGCAUACUAUCUCUCUGCAGCGCCACAGUGCCCGCGGCCGGACGCCUCGGUGCCCGUCCCGAGUCUCGUCAACAACAUUGACUUUUUCAGCGUGCAGUUCUACAAUAACCCACCCUGUCAACUCAGCUCGGGCCAAGCCUUCCUUGACUCCCUCCGGGCUUGGUCCUCGGACCUCCAGGGGCUCAGCUACGCUCCCCGUAGUACACGCAUGAAAAAGAGAUCGUUACGCACUCGACAAGAAGCGCCCGCAGACAACACGUUCCACAACAUCAACAACGGCAUCACCGCUCCUCGGCUGCUGAUUGGGACACCCGCCUUCCCUGGCGCGGGAUCCGGUUACGUUGACGUGGCGACCUACAAGUCCAUCCUGGCCCAGGUCAAAAGUAUGGGCCUGCCGAAUCUGGCGGGCGCCAUGUUUUGGGACGGCGCAUAUCAGGAAGUCAGCGCGCAGGCGGUCCCCGACGGCAACAAUGGUGGUAGCCAGAACGUGACCUUUGGGCAAGUGGUCAAGGAGGUUCUGGCGCCGUGA